GUCAAUGCCAAAGAACUACCAGCAUAACUUGGCCUUGGCCUUUGCAGUCAAAGAGAUCAAUGAGAAUACCAACAUCAUGCCAAACUUCACUUUGGGUUUCCACAUCCUCAGUAGUUACUACACUGCAAGGAUGACCUAUAAAGCUACCCUGAGUUUGCUUUCUGCACAACAGAGAUUCAUACCAAAUUUCAAGUGUGAUACAGAAAAUAAACUGAUAGCAGUUAUUGGAGGACUGGACACUGACAUCUCUGCCAAUAUGGCCACCAUCCUGGCCUUCUACAAGGUACCUCAGCUCACUUAUGGAUCCCUUUUACCAGCUCAGGGGAGCAAAAUGUCAUUCCCUUAUUUGUUCCAAAUGGUUCCAAAUGAAGCCUUUCAGUUCAUGGGUAUUAUUCGCUUACUUCAUCAUUUUAGAUGGACGUGGAUUGGGCUUGGAGCUUUGGAUAAUGACAAUGGUGACAGAUUUUUGCACAUCAUGGUACCCAUACUUUCUGAGAACGGUAUUUGUUUUGACUUUAUAAUUAGAUUCCCAACAUUAACUUACCUGGAAGAGGAGGCAGAUGUGCUUUUGAAGCAACCAGUAAAUUAUGCCAUUCACCAUAACAGCAAGGCUAAUGCAUAUGUUGUAUAUGCACAACCUACAUCCAUGUUUGUUCUGGGAGUGUUGCUAUGUGCAGCACCCUUUCUUGCACUGCCACCUCUGCAUAAAGUCUGGAUUACUACAUCCCACUGGGAUUUUGAAUCCUUUUCCUUUCAAAGGAUUUGGGAUAUAGAGGUUUUCCAUGGUGCUCUAUCCUUCAUGGUGCAUGCCAAUAAGCCACCUGGAUUCCAAAACUUCCUUCAGGACAUCAAUCCUACUUGGGCAAAAGAAGAUGGUUUUAUCCAGAACUUCUGGGAACAAGCAUUUGAUUGUUCUCUGAGAAAUGUAAUGGUACAAGGAGCAGUACAGAACAGCGGCAAUGCCUGUUCUGGCAAUGAGAAGCUAGACUCUCUUCCUAUGACUUUGUUUGAAAUGAGCAUGAGUGGCCACAGCUACAGUAUUUACAAUGCUGUCCACGCUGUAGCACAUGCUUUGCAUUCUAUCUAUGUAUCUCAAUCCAGUGGUAGAAGAUUGGUAAAAGGAAAGCAGCUACAGCCAUGGCAGCUUCACUACUUUCUAAAAAACAUCAUGUUCAACAACAGUGCUGGAGACACGGUGUGUUUUGAUGACAAUGGAGAAUUAAAAACUGGAUUUGAUGUUACAAACUGUGUCACUUUCCCAAAUGGUUCUUUUGUUCGAGUGAAAGUGGGAAGACUUGAUCCUUGGGCUCUGGCAGGCAAAGAGCUAACUCUUGAUGAUGAUCAAAUUGUGUGGCAUCGAACCUUUAAGCAGAGCCUGCCCCGUUCUGUGUGCAAUGACCCCUGCCCCUGUGGCUACAGCAGAAAAAAGAGGGAGGGAGAGAAGUUCUGCUGUUAUGACUGUGAUCCAUGUCCAGAAGGAAUGAUCUCUGAACAGAAAGGUAAGAGAGUGGAUGCCUGUGUCAAAUGUCCAGGAGAUCAGUAUGCCAACAACCACCAAAACCAAUGCAUUCCCAAAGAUAAAAGCUUCCUCUCCUACAAAGAAGGUUUAGGUAUCAUCUGUGUCAUCUUGGCUAUUUCUUUCUCUCUGAUCACAGCUUUGGUGCUUGCAAUCUUCCUAAAGCAUCAGGACACUCCCAUUGUCAAAGCCAAUAACCGGAGCCUCACCUACAUUCUCCUCAUCUCCCUCCUACUUUGUUUCCUCUGCUCCCUGCUCUUCAUUGGACAGCCUCCUGUAAAAAUUACCUGCCUUCUCCGGCAAGUUACUUUUGGCAUUGUCUUCUCUGUGGCUCUUUCCAGUGUCUUGGCCAAAACCAUCACCGUGAUUCUGGUGUUCAUGGCAACUGAACCAGGAUCUGUAAUAAGAAAAUGGGUGGGGAAAAGAAUGGCAGUUUUUAUUGUCCUUUCAUGCUCCCUUAUUCAAGCAAGUAUCUGUACCCUUUGGCUAAGUACUUCUCCUCCAUUCCCUGAUACUGACAUGCACUCAGUGACAGGGAAAAUCAUACUGGAAUGUAAUGAGGGCUCUGCUACCAUGUUUUACUGUGUCCUGGGCUACAUGGGCUUCCUUGCCACUGUCAGUUUUGCUGUGGCUUUCUUUGCUAGGAAGUUGCCUGACACAUUCAAUGAAGCCAGGUUUAUUGCUUUCAGCAUGUUGGUCUUUUGUAGUGUUUGGUUGUCCUUUGUCCCAGCCUAUCUCAGCACUAAGGGGAAAUCUAUUGUGGUUGUGGAGAUCUUCUCCAUCUUGGCCUCCAGUGCAGGUUUACUGAGAUGCAUUUUCCCCCCUAAAUGCUACAUCAUUAUUCUCAGGCCUAAGAUGAACAACAGGGAGCAGUUAAGAAAGAAAAGGAAUUAA